CCCAGGCGCGGGCGGCGUUCAGCCCCGAGCAAGGCGGCUCCGGCGGCCGCACCAUGGAGUCGGGCCCCGAGGAGUUCGAGCUCAACGGCGAUCUGCGCCCAGGCUCGCCCAGCUCCCCGGACCCCCUGCCCUCCCGCUGGGGCGGGAGCCGGCCCAUCAACGUGAACCAUUACGCCAACAAGAAGAGCGCGGCGGAGAGCAUGCUGGACAUCGCGCUGCUGAUGGCCAACGCGUCCCAGCUGAAGGCCGUCAUCGAGCAGGGUCCCAGCUUCGCCUUCUACGUGCCCCUGGUGGUCCUCAUCUCCAUCUCCCUCGUGCUGCAGAUCGGCGUGGGCGUGCUGCUCAUCUUCCUGGUCAGGUACGACCUCAACAACCCUGAGAAGCAUGCCAAGCUGGACUUCCUCAACAACCUGGCCACUGGCCUGGUCUUCAUCAUCGUCGUGGUCAACAUCUUCAUCACCGCCUUUGGCGUUCAGAAGCCCGUGAUGGACGUAGCGCCCCGGCAGUAGGGGUUCAGAUGCCCCUGGAUCGCACCCGGCCACAGCCACCCAGGUCCCAGGAGCCGCCUCACCCUUGAGGCCCACGUUCCUGUGGGAGGCCCUUCCCGAAGCUGGAGGAGGCCAGGCGGGCCCACUAGACUGUGUCCUGGGAUGAGCCGCCGGUGGUUAGGCCCCCGCAGGCCAGCGCAGGGCCCCUGCAGUGGGGCCCGGGAGGCAGAACUGGGGACGGGCCGUGGCUGGCAUGGACACGCAGCCACCCAAGGAUCAGGGCGAGAGGCCCGGUCGGCCUUGGCCUCAGGACGUUUCCAGAGGGACAAGGAGACCCCCACCCUCUGCCAGCAUAACAAGCAUCUGGGCCUUGAGCCCCCUACGCCGAUGACCUGUGGCAUCUGCGCUUCCUGACCCAGGACUCUGGACCUCGAGCACCCCUGGCCGUGGGCCCUGCCCAAGCCUUCCACCAGCAGUGAUGGGGCAGUGCCCCCUCAGGGGCCAGAGUCCCCGCUCUUCUAGCACCAGUGACCAAUAAAGCUGACGCAUCUCCUC